CCCUCCCUCCUCCCCAUCACCACCGCUUCGCUAUGGCGGCUCCGGAGCAGCAGCCGCCGCCACCCGAGGGUUCCAAGCUGCUGAGCGGGCUUCUCAGCGGCAUCGCGCAGACAACCUACUACGGCAAUGCGGACAUCACGGAAGAGCUGCUGCGCGGGCAGCUCUACCCUGAGGCGGCGCCGGAGGAGUUCCGCGCCCUGCGCGCCAAGAUGGGCGGCCUCCUCCAGUCAAUUGCUUCAGCGGAUAUGGAUUUGAAUCAGCUGGAGGCUUUUCUCACUGCCCAGACCAAAAAACAAGGUGGCAUCACAUCCGACCAAGCUGCAGUCAUUGCAAAAUUUUGGAAGAACCACCGAGUAAAAAUCCACGAGAGCCUGAUCAGCCAAAGCCGUUGGGAUAAUGUCUUGAAAAACAUGAACUGGCGAGUGGAUCUAAAGUCACAGUCAAGACACGUUGAUCAGAUAAACACUCCUGUUGCAAUAGUUGAAAUGGAACUGGGAAGAAAUGGGAAGGUUGGUCCAUGUGAGAGAGUGAUAACUGUUUAGAUACCAUCCAGUCCACAUCAGAGAGAUUUAGCUGCUUUACAGGAAUCGGAGUUUCUCUGUCUGGAGUUUGAUGAGGCCAAGGUGAGCCAGAUGCUGAAGAAACUCUCGGAAAUAGAGGAGAGCAUGACUGUGUUGACUCAAACCACCUAACAAAAUAAAAAGAUUGCAACUCAGAA